UCUUCUCCGUUGACCACUCCCUCCUCGCCGCAAAAGCAACAUCGGGAUGAACAAACAGUGUGUAGCCUGCGGCGCUGAUGCCGAGUCGGUGUACUGCCGCGUCCAGGGCACCAACGGGCUCGCUGGAGAAGAGGGGGUUUCUCUUGUGCCAGGAGGACCGCGCGAUCUCGUGCAGGGACGGCGAUGUCGCGAUCCACAGCGCGACUGCUGUCACCAAGAAGCACUGUAGGUUCCUGCUGACCGUCGUCCGCGUCUCCGCCGUCCCGAUCCCGUCGUCGCAGGCGGUGGAAGCCGAGGCGGUGGACAGUUUGCAUGGAAGUAUCAUCAAAGACAGCAGCAGUGUGUAUGGCCACCAUGGGGGCGGCGACGAACAGCAUCUCGUAGCAGCUGAUCAAGAUGCUGCCGGGGUGGCAUUCUGCCCGACGCGCUUCCGAUUAGGCUUCCUCAGGCGGUCAGGAGAUUGCCCGCGAGCAGCCGUAACAGGAGGCCGAGGAUCUCCGUGA